UAAAAAACACCAACAUAUAACAGUGGAGCGUCUUAAAUAUCGUACGUAUAUAAAGAAAGAAUUUAUAUAAUACAUUACAUUGAUUGAUUGGUCAUAAACGAACGAUGGCUGGUCUAUUUUUAUUCAUUGCCAUCAGCUUAAUCUCGGUAGUGACUGCAUUACCUAGUCCAAUACAAACAGCUAGUGCGUAUUCCUUCCCUUUCGUAAGCCGAGAGGAGUGGGGUGCAAGGCCGUCAACAGCGUCAUCACCCCUUGGAGUUAGUCCAGUGCCCAUAGUAGUGAUCCAUCACAGCUAUAUUCCCAGAAUAUGCUUAACUCGGGCAAACUGUGAGAGAGAUAUGCGCAACAUGCAGAGAGUGCACCAAGUAACCAAUGGCUGGACAGAUAUCGGAUAUAAUUUCGCUGUCGGCGGAGAAGGAACUGUGUUCGAGGGCCGUGGCUGGAGUUCACUUGGAGCUCACACAUUCGGCGUCAACACCCGAAGCAUCGGAAUCUUGUUGAUUGGAGAUUUUAUUACUAAUAAACCGCCACAGGCGCAGCUACAAUCCGUCAAGGACCUGAUCGAAGCUGGUGUGAGGCUCGGUCACAUCCGAUCCGAUUACAAACUCAUCGGACACAGACAAGUCACUCCCACUGAAUGCCCUGGACAGAGAUUGUUUGAUGAAAUCUCAAAAUGGGAUCACUUUUCACUUAAUUGGGAUUGA